UGCUCGCGCGCCGUACCCGCGGAUCUCGCCCUCGCGAGCGCAGGUCGCGCGCACCGGCUGGACCCGCAGCCCCGCGCGCAGGCGGCCCGGCAGAGGACAGUCGCAGUCUCGCCGCGCAGGUGUGCAGGUUUCGCCCGUGACGCACCCGUGACGCGCUCGCCUCCCCCACCCUACCACCCCACCCGCGCGCUGACAUGGCGUCGCCCCUGCUGAGCCUCGCGGAGGAGCUCGUGUGCAGCAUCUGCCUGAGCACGUUCGACAGCCCCGUGACCACCCCGUGCGGCCACAACUUCUGCCGGGGCUGCCUGGAGGCCACCUGGCAAGAGAGCCAGCAGGUGGCGCUGGGCUACAACUGCCCGCAGUGCCGCACCCACUUCUACACCAAGCCGGAGCUGCGCAAGAACACCGUGCUGAGCACCGUGGUGGACACCUUCACCAGGGCCCAGCCGGCCGCCGGCCCCCGGGACGAGCCGGAGCAGGGGGACGAGCCGGAGCCGGACCCGGAGUCCGUGCUCUGCGACACCUGCCUGCAGGCCCGCGCCUGCAACACCUGCCUCACCUGCAUGGCCUCCUUCUGCCCCGAGCACGUGCGGCCCCACCAGGAGAGCCCCGCCUUCCAGGCGCACCAGCUGGGCGCGCCGCUGGCCGACCUGCAGGAGCGCCUCUGCGCCGAGCACUGCAAGCUGCUGGAGUUCUUCUGCCUGCAGCACCGCCGCGCCAUCUGCAGCCUCUGCCUGCAGCUCACGCACAAGCCCUGCCGCUUCUCCACGCCGCAGGAGCAGCGGGCGGAGCAGGAGGCGAAGCUGACGGAGAAGCUGACUCUGCUGAAUGAGAAGAUCGAGAAGACCCAGACCGUCGUUUCACAGAUGAAGGAGCUGCAGAGCUCUGUCCGGGAGUCCGCGGAGUCCAGGAAGAAGGUCCUGGCGGAGCUGUACCGGCAGAUGAAGGAGAUGCUGGAGAAGGAUGAGCGAGAGGCCCUGAGGGCUGUGGAUCACGAGCAGGAAGGCGCCCAGACCCGCAUCCUGGGCCUGAUGCAGAGGAUGAGCAUGAACGUGGAGGAGAUGGCCAGCACCAAGGGCCGCGUGGAGGCCCUGCUGGCACAGAAGCACAAGAUCAGCUUCCUGCAGACUAUGGUGGAACUGCCCAAAGUCGUGACCUUUAACCCCUACACACCCCGGAUCCACAUCGACUCGAAGCAGGUGCUGUCCUGCCAGACGGCCGCGGCGGCGCUGAAGCACUUCCUGGGCGACCUGCUGGAGCAGCCAGUGGAGGGCCGACCCCAGCUGCUGAGGCCAGACAAACCAGGGAGUGACGAUACCUCAUCUGAUACCGGGAAACAGCCGAGCAAGCCUGCACCAGGGGACCCAGAUGCAAAUCCCACACCAAUCAAAGGUCCAAAGAAAGUCAAACCAGGAAAGAAACCCCCACCAACAAAGAUCCAGGAACCCAGCAAAACCCCACUGCCGCCGCGCCCCAAAGAGAAAAUGCCCCAAAAAACACCGACUCCUGUCCCAGGACCUCCUCCUCAGCUGGUGGGAAACGACUCUCUGAAAGAUUAUUUGACGAAGGACCCUCCACUCAGCAACCCUGUAGCUGCCCGUAGAAGCGAUCUUCUGCAGCAUGCCACGGUUCUCACCCUGGACCUCAGGACUGCCCACCGGCGGCUCGUCCUGUCGGAGAACUUCACCCGGGCCGCAGUGUCGGAGGAGCAGACCUCGUACCCCGACAGCCCGGCCCGCUUCUCCAUGUGCUCGCAGGUGCUCUGCUUUAAGGGCUUCUCCCGCGGGCGCCACUACUGGGAGGUCAAGCUGACCAGCAGCAACUUCUGCGCCGUGGGCCUGGCCUACAACAGCAUCGCCCGCAAGGGCCCGUCCAGCAGGCUGGGCCGCAACAAGCAGUCCUGGUGCCUGGAGUGGUUCAACGUCAAGCUGUCGGCCUGGCACGACAGCGCCGAGACCGUGCUGUUCAACCCCAGCCCCAGCCGCGUGGGCGUGCUGCUGGACUGCGACGAGGGCACCGCCACCUUCUACAACGUGGCCGACCGCGCCUACCCCAUCCACACCUUCACCGCCAGCUUCAUCGAGGCCGUGUACCCUGCCUUCUGGCUCUUCUCCAGCGGCACCACCCUCACGCUCUGCAAGCUGGCCAUCUGAGCCAGCAGGGCGGCGCUCUCGCCCGCGGAGGAGGGCGUCCCGGCUACGGCAGGUCGUAUGUCCUGACGAACACCGGCACGUAGACACCGGGGUCUCCAGCUCGCUUCCUGGAGGCCUCUGCGUCUCCCGGGCUCCCUUCCUCCGCCAUUAGUGAUCACAGCAGUGGUAAUUAUUUAAUUGGCUGCAUCACUGCGACACUUCUUACCACACUGAAGUAUUUGACAGCCAACCAUCCCUUUGGCAAAGUGUGUAAAUCGGUAAAAGACCUGAGCUAAAAUCCUUUAUCUGCUCCAGUCACUAACUAGACUAAUUUACAGUAUACUCACACACUUAUUAAAAAGUUGUAAUUAUACAGUAUCUUAAUUUGUUGCUUAACAAACAAUGUAUUGAGGGGUUUUUAGUUCUAACAGACACGUUUCCUCUUCGGACCUGCAUGAUGCUUAAAAGAGCUGACUGGCAGCACGUGCUGACUUACCUGCUGCGCUCCAUCAGAUACAUUUAUUUUAGUUUUUGUAAUGUGCGUCUGUCUAAAACACAGGCCACGCCGCACGGAUCUCACUUCUCACAGGAGAGCGACUGAUAGUUCAGGAACCGCAGGUGGAAAAAGAACGUGUCCAGAAGUUCUCUUGAGGACCCCUGUUCAUGGCUCCCCUGUCAUGAAUGAACUUUUUAAACGACUUCAGCACAUGGGAGAAAUCCGAUCGCAUGUGUGCAGCUCUCUCUGUGAAGUGCAGGUUUGGACCAGGUGGUUUGGAGGGGCUUGCCCGUCGCAUGGCGAUGUGGCUGUGUGCCGUGGGGAUCGUAGGCAGUAAGAGCCAGCAUGUGUGUGGCAGGAGCAGAGAAAAUACACUCGCCUAGCUGGAGCGGCCCGAUAGCACCUCCCUCCCGAAAUAAGCACCUGUGGUUUAAUCUGCUCUUUAGUCAAGACAGGUCAAUCCAGUCUUGCAGCUUUCACAGCACUGCGGCCUCUGGGAGAAGUAAACCAAGCUUAAAAAGAGCAACAGUGGGUUUUUAAAAAGCAGUAUGCAUGUGGUUUUGUUUUUAAUUAAAAUCCAUAGUCUUUCUUGAGGCCUGCUUUCUUGCUGUGCAACAUUUUUAUUAAGUGGAGAGGUGUGACUAUUUUAUUAAUAGUGGUUACUUUAAUGAGGGUAUUUACAGUAAUCUUACAGAUGUAGGUGAACUCAUAGGUGAUCUCGGCGGUCUGGCUGCACUCGCUGGUGAUCUCGGUGGUCUGGGUGCACUCGCUGGUGAUCUCACAGGUGCCCUUGCACCAUUUAGCUCUACCGAAGUUCUGUACAGAGUACAGACAAAGCAUUACGCACCAGUGCUGACCCAGAAGCCUGCUAGAGAGACCGUUGAAUGGACAGUUUGUAGGUGUCUAAUCCGACAGCGGAGACUGGUGUGAUAUAAGGGUCUCAGACUUGCCUUCCUCUUCCAGAGAACCGCUGCUCACUUUACCUUCUACUCCUGAAGCUCGGGUUAGCUCCUCCUUGGCGUCUGUCUCCACCAAGAGGAGUUCAGGGCGAGAGAGUUUAAAGGAAUAUGAUGAACAGGCAGCAUCUCAGUUGACAGAUUACAGCUCCAGCUGAAAAUAGUCUGGCAGAGGAAAGAGUCAGGUACUGGAUACAACAGAAUGCCAUGGGAUUUGGGAAGAAGUGUCUAGAAAAGUAGGAAAACAGUGUUUUAUGUCAUUCCCACUUUUGUCCUCAGUCCCUUGGGUCAGUAAGAGGCAGACUGACUUCCCACACUCAGGACAACACUGGAAAAUCAGUGCAUUGUUUCUGAGAUGGCAUGUAUCCAGUUUGACAGACAUUAGCUUUAUUUUCUAACAGGCUGAGGAACUAAAUAAAAUGCAGUUCACCACUGUAGUUUCUGAGGCGGCACCAGGCUCAGUCGCAUUAAAUGAUUGUUCUGUGGCUUUUCAAAAAGGUAUUUCACCCCAUAGGAGAGUCUCGUGUACGUGCGUUCCUGCAGUCAGGCUCGAGAGUUGGGUAUACCGCGGGCUCCACUGUCGCCUGCAGAAAUAAAUGCAGGGAGUCAGUCACCGGGCUAUGGCGAGAAUCAGCCAGCAGGUGGCGCAGUUGCGAGCCUGCUAGGGUGUAUCCCCAGCUCAUGUCCUUAUGAGUUAUAGUGGCAAGCAAGCCCCGUCCUCCCUAUACCUAAUUACACAACGGGAGACGGACAGACGUGAUGUGAAUGAGCCCAUUAAAUGCGGCUGACGCAGUUCUGCGGCUUUUCGGGUCCGUGUCGUGCGAGGCGAGCGGGCGCUGGUGGUGUCGUGCUGGUCGGUACUGUACUGCGGCACAGCGGUCGUCCCCGUGGGAACCCGCCCCGAGCUCCGGUUAACCCAAUUACCCCCGUCUGGGGGCGACACCGGGGGAGGGGAGGGGGCUUAUUGGCCCCUCGCUGUGGCCUCUGAAGUCAUUCCCAGGCCUAAAGAGGCCGUGUUAAAAAAAAACGGCUGUCACUUGACUUCUGCGGACGGGAACACAGGCGUUUUGUUUUCCCUCUCAUUGCUGUGGCCGUCCUCGGUUGCUUGUUUCGUGCAGACUUAGCCUGAAGCGCCGCAGGGCCCAGUAACACAAACGGCCUCCACAGCAUCGGCUUUCUUGUCCACCGCGUUAUCGUCGUGACGACACUCGAUUCCAACAGACUUCCAGCAUCCCCGGUUCGAUGCUGCAGGAGUCGCGCAUUGGGAAGAGCGAUCUGCCGAGUAGAUCUCUGUUUGUGUUGGGGGGGGAGUUUGUGUGCACACAAGCCCUCUGUUUUAAAUACCCCGCCGCAUGUGUCAAGCUCUCCGUUAGCGCCCUCCGCUGCGUGACUCACGUCGUGCCAGCACUGUCUCCUGGGCUCAUGAAGUCGUUCACGUCCAUGAAGACGCACCUGCGGCUCCGCGCGGAGCUGUAGCGGUGAGCUCGACCGGAAGUCACGGUCCUCUUCCGCAGCACUUCCUUCUCUCGCACCUGGAGCCUCUUCCCGGCAUCUUGCGUGCUGCUCUGAUUUCAGACCGGAACGUGUUGGUGUUGUUGUUGUAAUUGUUGUUUUGCCAGGCAUGAGGGGAACGUGAAUUGAAUUAUCGUCUUCGUGAAUUGUGCGUGUACGUGAUGAUUUAAUUAAAAUUAAAUAUAUUCUUAUGGACACACAAUAAAUCAUUUAAAUGUUG